CGCCCCCCCGGGUGCGGGAGGUCGAAAUCCUGCAGACAUGGGCGCCACCUGCAUCCCUAGCGGGGCUUUGAUGUCCCUGGCGGGGAUAUUACUCUUGUCUUUCUGCAGCUUGGCAACUUAUCAGUUCGAGGAUCAGGCAGAACAGUUUUUUAGAAGUGGCCACACAAACAACUGGGCUGUUUUGGUGUGUACAUCUCGAUUUUGGUUUAAUUAUCGACAUGUGGCAAAUACUCUUUCUGUGUAUAGAAGUGUCAAGAGGCUAGGAAUCCCUGACAGCCACAUUGUACUGAUGCUUGCAGAUGAUAUGGCAUGCAACCCUAGAAAUCCCAAACCAGCCACAGUGUUUAGCCACAAGAAUAUGGAACUAAAUGUCUAUGGAGAUGAUGUGGAAGUGGAUUAUAGAAGCUAUGAGGUAACUGUGGAGAGUUUUCUGCGGGUAUUAACUGGGAGAAUCCCACCUAGUACUCCUCGGUCAAAACGUCUUCUUUCUGAUGAUAGGAGCAAUAUCCUUAUUUACAUGACAGGACAUGGUGGAAAUGGUUUCUUGAAAUUUCAAGAUUCUGAAGAAAUUACCAACAUAGAACUUGCAGACGCUUUUGAACAAAUGUGGCAGAAAAGACGCUACAAUGAGCUACUAUUUAUUAUCGAUACUUGCCAAGGGGCAUCUAUGUAUGAGCGAUUUUAUUCCCCUAACAUAAUGGCUCUAGCAAGUAGCCAGGUGGGGGAAGAUUCACUCUCGCAUCAACCUGAUCCUGCUAUUGGAGUCCACCUUAUGGAUAGAUACACAUAUUAUGUCUUGGAAUUUUUGGAAGAAAUUAACCCAGCUAGCCAAACUAAUAUGAAUGACCUUUUUCAGGUGUGUCCCAAAAGUCUCUGCGUGUCUACUCCUGGACAUCGUACUGAUCUUUUUCAGAGAGAUCCUAAAAAUGUUCUGAUAACCGAUUUUUUUGGAAGUGUACGGAAAGUAGAAAUUACAACAGAGACUAUUAGUUUACUAUCAGAUCCUGGAGUCAUGGACAACAGCUAUAGGGAAGACCGGGUGGAUGAGGAGUCAACAGAACCUCUAGAAUAUGCUGAACAACUUCCUGUCGCUCAGAUAAUACACCAGAAACCGAAGCUGAAAGAUUGGCAUCCUCCUGGGGGUUUUAUUCUAGGAUUAUGGGCACUCAUUAUCAUGGUUUUUUUCAAAACGUAUGGAAUUAAGCAUAUGAAAUUUAUCUUCUAGACACACUGGUAUAUGAAGAAGACUACAUGGAUGAUUACAAUCCUGGAUAAAAGUUUAUCACUUUAUCUUUCUGAAAAAGUCUAUUUUAGUUGUGUAAAUUGUCAAAAAGCAUAGGAGACUAAAUAUGAAUGUACUAUCGAUUUUGUAGCUUAAGGAAAAAUAAUUAUCAAUGCAUAUACUUAAUAGAUCUCAAUAUAUUUCCAUUUUGUUUUAUGUGUCAUUGAAAAGAUGGGACAAAAGAAAUCAGAAUGUACUUGUUGACUAUAGCUAUUUUACAUUUGGAAAAGAAAAACAAUGAAGGCAUUAAAUUGUAGAGGUAACUUCUGUUAGUAUUUUUCUGUGUGUUCUUCUAAUUCCUUUUCCUAUGCAUACUCUUAUUCCAAAAUAGAGAUUAUAUAGAGCAUGCCAUUUUGUAAUUUCCCUUCUCAUUUUAUAAUACUAUCAACUUUCUCCCUCUCCUUGUAUAUUUUUCAAGAAUACAUUGUGAAUGCAUAGUAUCCAUUUUAUGUCAUUGCAUCUAGUACUUUUAACACUAUUCUCCUGGGCCACUUGUCUGGUCUCCCAAAUUUUACUUUGGUUCAUUCAUUCCAUUAUGUACUAAUAUUUUACUGUUAACCAUUCAUAGAAUUUUCCAACUUUAGUUAUUCUUGGUAAAUAUAAAAAAAACUAGGCUUUUAAUCUAUGGUCCUAACAGUCUCCAGGACCUUAUUUGGUAUAGCGUAAAUGGAAAUUUUAGGAAUUUCAUAUAUUGAUUGCUCAAGAGAAGCAACCCCCAUUAUUUUUAAUUUCUAAGCAUUCUGUCGUGUUUGAGAGUUGAUCAUCUUCAACUUACUCAUCAAAAGAUAUUAUUUUACUUUGCUUAAAGUAAACCUUGACAGUUGAAUGGAUCUAUACUUUUUAUGAGACAGCAUGGAGAGUUUAUACUGGCCCCUCUGCUUUUCACUGACAAGAUGCACAGUCAUAUAUCCCUGAUUGUUUUAACCUCACUGGUGACUGUCAUAUCUUUCUCAUAACUAGACAGAGUAUUGAUUAAAACUACGUUGUUAUAAGCCCACAUAUUGUUUUUUCCCUCUUUUAAAAACUUUGCAUAUAAGUGGAAAUAACCCAGGAAGUUGAGAACUCAUGUUCCACGUAAAACUUUCUUAUAUGUUGCCUGUCGUAUUUAAGAACGUGUGUUAAUCUUUAUUCAUUACAAAGCUAUCUUGUAAGUUUAGGGAACACUAAGCAGACAACUCUUCCUUUACAAUAUAACCUCCUAAAAUAAACACUUUUUUAAGAUUUCUUUUUAUCGCUUAAAAUAUAAAAAUAAAAUAUCCCUUUAUUUAUACCUAAAAUGGUUGUACUUUCUAUAGUCAAGGGAUUAGCUGUUCUAUCUCUCAAAUUAUAAUAAAAGAUACUGAAACUUUUGCCAGUGCCAAAACUUCACUGAAUGUUUUUCAUAGGUACACUGAUUAAAUGAAGAAGGACAUUUUCUCUCUGACUAUAUGGAGGAGUUUGCACACAUAAAGAGGGAAAAGAAACUUAAAUUCAAAUAGCAGGGCCAUUAUACUCCCAACAUGGUGAAAAGAUUAUAACCAAGUCUUCUUUCUAGCACGUAGGGUCAUGAGUGCUAGGGUCAUGAGUGCUGUGAUGGGGUGGAUCUGUUUAGAGUGGUAAAGGAUGAUUGUUCUUGAGCCAAAGCAAUUUAGUUUGAACAUAUUCUGAUGGGGGGAGGGGGGAGAAAGUUAAAGGAUUUCUCUUCAGCGGCUGUAGUAGGUAUCCUUUUAGUUAAAAGCUAAUUGGAGAAAAUACUACUGGAUAUAAUAUACAGGAUUAAUAUUUCUAAGGGAGAAUUGCAAAGGGCAGUGAUUUUUCUUUCCGUUCAUUAUUGAAAUUUCAGAAUAUAGUUAAAGGAAAAAUCAUAAAUUUUGUUAAAUAUUUAGCUUGUAAUAAUAUUUUUAUCACAUAAAAUACACCCUACCUUCAACAGCAUCUUGAGUCCUGUAUGUGUAGUCAUGGGUAAUAUUGUAAGGACAAUUAAAUGACCCAGACUUUAAAUUGUGACAUAAAGACACAUCCUCAAAUAUAUAUUCUGCUUUAGGCACAGAGCUAAAGAACUGAAAGUUGUGUGUGUGUUUCUUUUCUUCCUUUCUUUCUUUUCCUCUUCCUCCUCCUCCUCCUCCUUCUUCUUCAUUACUUUCUUGUGAAGAUCAGAUGAUAUAGUAUUAUGGUUAAACACUCUGGAAAUUGUAAAUAAGUGAUGUUGGUGUUUUUCUUAUUUCUGCUGAGGAAGGUACCAAGAGGGAACUUAAUGGUGGCAGUUUCCCUCUUUCUGUUGCUUUUAUCUGCUUGUCCAAGCUACUUGAUUCUUGUUCAUGUUGAUAUUCCUCUUCUCCACUGUUAAAGUGUCCUUCAGGGAGAAAUGGAAUAUAGAUAAAUGGGUCCCAGCAGACAUGUUUUGACCUUUGAGUGGAGGGACAGGAUGUAAUGAUGCUAUCCUGGAAAAGCAGCUUGCAUGAGAACAAGAAAUUAAAUAAUGUGGAUUUAAAAUUACAAAGACAUUCAUUUACAGUUUAUGAAAGGGAAAUGUAGUUUGAAUUCCAAUCUUAUUAAACUGGAUCAAAGAAAACUGGAAUUAAGUACGGAAAAUAAUGCAUGCACUUACGAUUUCAAUUUUCAUAUAUCCUGAACUAGUUGAAAAUGAUGAUUCCCAUAACAAGCAUAACUCAGUUUGUUUCUGCUUAUUGAGUAUUUUCUACUAUGGUAUAUGUUUAUAACAUUUCUUCUAUUAUGUAUGGUGUAUGGCAGAAUUACAGUUACUGUGGGAAUCAUAAUCUGAAAUUUUUGACUUGUGUUUUUGAAAUCUUUGCAAUAAAUGUUAAGUCGAUGUAGAACUUUUUUCAUUGAUUUUCACCUAAACUAAAUCCAUUUGUAGCAGAUACUGUAUUAACUUGUAAAAAUAUUUUAUAAGUAUAACACAUGUGUGGUUAUAAAAUAAUGAGAGCAGUUUCUGUUUUGAAUAUAUGGAAUCAGCUUCAUUAUCAUAUCCCCUGCCAAAGAACUCUUUAAAAAAGAAAGAAAGAAACAAAGAAAGAAAUGUUUUUCUGUGUUGCUGUUCUGUUGUUGUCUGUCCUAUCUCCAUAUGUACCCACUACAUAAAUACAAUACAAAACCCUUUAACUUCA